AUGACACCCAGCCGAGCCCUAUCAGGGCGGCAAGGCGGGAGACGUGCCGGGCAGAGAGGCACACAUACCCACCCAGGUAGAUUCCCAGAGGGGGAAAGCCUGCCUCGGGGUUACCCCCCAACAUCAACAACGGUACCAGGGGGAGCAAGUUCAUCAUGGGGACGCAACAUCCAUAAUGUCCUCCACAAGCCCAACACAGCGAACCGUAGCAGUGCAAGGGUGUCAAAUAUUGACAAGGGAGGCUCAAGCGGACCAUCCUCCACCCUUCAGGGACACAGACACUCACAACACACGAGGUACCUCAGCCGAAACGGAGGCAUACAGACACCACCCGCCCACCGCACCGCCGGCUCCACCAAGACAGCCCUGCGGGACAGAGAUACACAGCCACCCGACACUCAUACAGCCAAAGAUGGAUCCUUGCUACAACCCCGACCAGGGAUGCCACAGCCGAACAGCACCCGCAUGUACAAGGCCCAACACCGGCAGCAGCUUCAUCCAACGGCGAAGGGGAUCACAGCUGCACCUCCCGCAUACCAGAGGCUCCUGCUGAAAACAGGAGUCGGGUGA